UCUAGAGCUAGAUGCUGGGGGUUAGGUACUCUCUGCCGCGGAGCUAGCCGCAUAUACAGGCAGCCAGCAAGCUUGCAAUAUAUCUUGGCGAGAAUACAGGCUGCAUGGCACGGUCCCCUCCGUCCUGUGUAUGUUGAUCUACGAUGUGGGGGCCCCUAGAUAUAAAGCCAGCCCUGCCUGCCUCUUGGCCCUGACCUGAUGUUCUUGUAUCCGACACCAGGAAGCAUCGCCGCGACAAUUGAAAGCAUGUCUUCCACACGUCCCCUAGAUCGCCUCUUUGGCAUCAAGGACAUCGAGAAUCCGCGCGUCGUCACCUCCGACAAAUACGAUGGCGCCUACGUUGAGGUAGAGCCGACAACCGCGGACUACUUCCGCGAACAUGCGCCAACUGCCGAUGGCGUACGUCGGUACAUCCGCAGCCUCUUCCCCUUCUUGGGCUGGAUUGCCCAUUACAACCUCACAUGGCUGUUGGGUGACUUCAUUGCCGGUGUCACGGUUGGCUUCGUUGUCGUUCCUCAGGGUAUGGCGUAUGCCCUCCUUGCCAAUCUCCCUCCCGAGUUUGGCCUGUACACGUCGUUCGUCGGCUUCUUCUUGUAUUGGGCCUUUGCCACGUCAAAAGACAUCACCAUCGGUACCGUGGCCGUUAUGUCUACCAUCGUGGGCAAGAUCAUUCUUCGAGUCCAGGCAGAACACCCCGAAAUGGAGGCCGACACAAUUGCCCGAGGCCUUGCGCUCAUAUCCGGAGCGAUCCUUCUCUUCAUCGGAUUGAUCAGAUUCGGCUUCAUCGUCGAGUUCAUUCCCUUGGUCGCCAUUGCCUCCUUCAUGACCGGCGCAGCCCUCAACAUCGGCUCUGGCCAGGUCGCCGGCCUGAUGGGCAUCAAGGGCGUCAACACUCGCGAGGCGACGUAUAAGGUCAUCAUCAACACCCUAAAGGGCCUUCCUCGCACCAAGCUCGAUGCCGCCAUGGGCUUGAGCGCCCUUUUCGCUCUGUACUUCAUCCGCUUUUUCUGCAACUUCAUGGGUCGCAGGAAUCCCAAGAAUCAGAAACUGUGGUUCUUCAUCUCGACAUUGCGCAUGGCCUUCAUCAUGAUCAUCUAUAUCAUUAUCAGCUGGGCUGUCAAUCGACACGUCCAUAAGGCUGCCGAUGCCAAGUUCAAGAUUCUAGGCACUGUGCCGAGUGGAUUCCGGCACGCUGGUGCUCCUAAGAUCGACACAGAGCUCCUCGGCGCCAUCGCCGGCGAUAUCCCAACAACUGUCAUCGUCUUGAUUAUCGAGCACAUCGCCAUCUCAAAGUCCUUUGGCCGGGUCAACAACUACAUCAUCAAUCCCUCGCAGGAGCUUGUCGCGAUCGGCUUCACCAACCUGUUGGGCCCCUUCUUGGGUGCCUACCCCGCCACCGGAUCUUUCUCCCGUACGGCCAUCAAGUCCAAGGCCGGUGUGCGCACGCCCCUGGCAGGUGUCUUCACCGCUGUCCUCGUGCUCCUGGCCUUGUACGCCCUCACAUCUGUCUUCUUCUACAUCCCAUCGGCCUCUCUGUCAGCACUGAUCAUCCAUGCGGUCGGCGAUCUGAUCACGCCCCCCAAGCAAGUAUACCAGUUCUGGAGAGUGUCACCCGUCGAGGUCAUAAUCUACUUUGGCGGUGUCUUGCUGUCUGUCUUCACCACCAUCGAGAACGGCAUCUACCUCACCGUGGCUGCGGCCGGGGCUGUUCUACUCUUCCGCCUGGCGAAGAGCAGGGGAAGGUUCGUUGGUGAGGUCAAGGUCUUCACCACGCCCAGAGACUCCCUCACGCACGGUUCCACCAGUACCGUCACCGGCGAGGGGAAUCCCAGGGAAAUCUUCGUGGCCCUCGACGGGACGGACGGUUCGAACAAGGAUAUCGACGUGCAGCAGCCGUACCCCGGUGUGUUUGUCUAUCGGUUCACUGACGGCUUCAACUAUGCCAACUCGGCCUACCACCUGGACUACUUGACCGAAUACAUCUAUAGCAAGACGCGCCGAACAGAACUGGACAAGUUCGCCAAGCUCGGGGACCGCCCCUGGAACGACCCCGGUCCGCGCCGCGGCCAAGCCGCCUACUCGGACGAGAUCGCCGCACGCCCGCUCCUCCGUGCCAUCAUCUUCGACUUCUCCGCCGUCAACCACGUCGACACCACGGCCGCCCAGGCCCUGGUCGACCUGCGCAACCAGUUCGACCGCUACACGGCGCCCAACAGGGCCGAGUGGCACUUCGCCGGCAUCGGCAACCGCUGGACGCGGCGCGCCCUCGUCGCCUCGGGGUUCGGCUACAACAGCGGCGGCGACGGCGGCGACUCGGAAGCCGGGUCCGACGGCGACGGCAAGGAUCCGCGGCCCGAGCCGCUCGUGGCCGUCGCGCCCGUCGCGGGGGCAUCCGCCGGCAGCGCGGCGCACAGCGUCGAGGCCAAGGCCGCCGCCGCCGUCCCCGCCGCGGACGAGUCGGGCAAGGAGGAGAUCUCCCCCGUCGUCACGCCGGCCCGCGCGAGGACCCACGAGGGCAGGCUCGUGCCCGUGUACGGCGUCAACAGGCCGUACUUCCACGUCGACGUCGCGACGGCCGUCGAGGGCGUCGUGCGGGGCCUGUCGUGGGCGUCUUAGACGGGUUGUCGCUUUUGGAAAUUCUGGGUUUGCGGCCUUGCGCCGUGUCGUUGUGUUGUCGUUAUUUGUUUAAUUCCCUAGAAAUACCUUAUGUUUAGUUCUAGUAUUGGCAAAAUAUCCACUUGGUUUGGCCUCUUCGGCCGAGGAACUAGUUUUGUUUUUCCUCCUCUUCGAUGUUCUUGAAGACUGUCCAGCUGUUGGGCUAGCCGUGAUGGAUAUUCCCGUCUCCUGCCUCACCAUGGAACAGCUAUGGGGCCGGCGCCAAGCCGGAGCUAAGACUAAGCCAAGAG